AUGGCCAUGGCGAUCAAGAGCACUCUCCAAUGCGUAGUGUUCCUGAUGGCGCUCAUCACGACCCACCUGAUACCGCCUGCCGAUGCUGAUGCGGGCAGCCCAAAAGUUGCCAUGGCUAGCUCGGGCGCUGGUUCAAGCUUCCGGCUGGUAGCCCACCAUGACUAUGCGCUGCGCGACGACGGCUUCCUCCACGUCCAGAGCCGGCUGGACGACCUUCUUCCAUCGGAGGCGAACGUCACCACCCUCCGCCCACCAGUGGCCUCGCCGAUCGAUAUGGCCUUCAGCGUGGUCGUUGGCUUGGGCUCGGGCAAAGGCCGGCACGACUACAACCUCAAGCUCGACGCCUCGGGUAGCCUGAUGUGGCUGCAGUGCAAGCCCUGCAAUCCGAAGCAGCCACAGCGCGGCCCCCUGUUCGACCCCAAGGCCUCGUCCACCUUCCAGCAGGUCGCCGGCACGAGCCAGAUCUGCCACCCGCCGUACCCCAUGGAGCCCGCGGGGCAGCAGUGCGCCUUCCACCUGUCCGGCGAGCACGGCAUGUCGGUGCACGGCUUCGUGGCCUUGGAGAACCUCACCAUGGGGCCAGAGUCCAUGAAGGAGUUCGUCUUCGGGUGCGCGCACUCGGCCGAGCACUUCAACAGCCAGCGCACCUUCGCGGGCGUCGCCGCCAUGGGUAAGAUGCCCACCUCCCUCGUCAUGCAGGUGGCGGCGCGUGGGCAGACGCGGUUCUCGUACUGCCUCUUCUCCGGCGGGGCGAGCCGGCAUGGCUUCCUCCGGUUUGGCGCCGACGUGCCGAGCCGGCCGGGCCUCCGAACGACCAAGAUCCUCCCGGCGCUGGACGCGCACGAGUCGCAGUACUACGUGAGCCUCGUGGGCAUCAGCCUGGACGCUAAGAGGCUCACGCGGAUCAGGCCGGAGAUGUUCGCCCGGCGGCGCGGCGGGCAGGGCGGGUGCGUGAUCGACCCCGGCACGCCGCUGACGGUGCUGGCCCGGGAGGCGUAUCGCGUCGUGGAGGACGCCGUCUGGAGUGACCUGCGGCGGAAUAGGGCCGAGCGCAUCCAGCGGCAGGGCUACGGGUUGUGCGUCCGCAAGACCGCGGAGAUCAAGCGGCACCUCCAGUCGCUGUCCUUCCACUUCGCGGAGGAGACGGCGAGGCUGGUCGUCAAGCCGGAGGAGCUGUUCACGGCGGUGGAGGGCAGGCUCCACGGUCCCGCCCUGUGCUUUGCCAUGAGCCCGGGCGAGCGGACGGUCAUCGGCGCGCUGCAGCAGGUGGACACAAGGUUCGUGUACGACCUAAAAGACGCUAAACUGUCCUUUGCGUCGGAGCCGUGUUCUCAGGACACCGCCGGUGUGGAUUGA